CUAAUCUAAUAUUUCAGAGAUCAUCCAAGGAUUGCAGAUCUAGGGUUUCGUUUGGAGCUUUUCGGGGGUGUUAGGGUUUCAAGAUCGUUUUUUUGCUGCAUGUUUCCGUAGAAAGCGAUAAUGGCGACUUUACUUCAAACCCCAGUCAGUGCUGUUCAGGUUGGUUCGUACUUCGUUGGGCAGUAUUAUCAAGUCCUUCAACAAACGCCGGAUUUUGUUCAUCAGUUCUACACCGAUGCAAGUUCAAUACUUCGUGUCGAUGGGAAUAAUAGCGAGAUGGCAACAUCAGUGGUGCAAAUCCAUUCGCUUAUCAUGUCACUUAAUUUUACCGAAAUUGAAAUAAAAACAGUUCAUUCUCUGAACUCGUUGGAGGGAGGAGUUCUCGUGAAGGUUUCAGGUUUUGUGCGAACAAAGGAUUUCAAUGGCAGGAGGAAAUUUGUGCAGACCUUUUUCCUUGCUCCUCAGGAAAAAGGUUUCUUUGUUCUCAAUGAUAUAUUUAUCUUCCUUGAUGAGGAACAGAUUCACCAGCAUCCGGCAGCUAUACUGGCACAGAACAAUUUUGAUUCUAAAGUAGAUGCAUCUAGUCCCAUUCCAGAGCCAGGUCAUCUAGAAGAAAGUGAUCCAUUUGAAACUGCUGUGGAAGAAAUGGAGGCCACAAAUUUUGUGCCAUCAGGUCAUCUGGAAGAAGGUGAUCCAUUUGAAAUUUCUGUGGAAGAAACUGCUGUAGAGGAAAACAUAGUGGAUGAAACUUCUGUGGAAGAGGUGACAGCUGCAUUUCAAAGUGCAAUGCCCCCAGUCCAAGAUGCUCCUGCACCUAUUGAGGAACCUGUUGGAGAGCCUCCAAAGCAGACUUAUGCCUCUAUUUUGCGGGCAAGAGGGCAAUCCGUGUCAUCAGUAGCUCCUCAGCAAUCUAUCAACAAGGGUAUGGCACCUACUUCAGAAUGGAAUUCUGCAGGAUGGCCUAAUCCUUCACAGUCCUACCCUUCAUCAAUAAAUGUUCCUGAAAAGUCUGGUGCAGGAUGGCCUAAUCCUUCACAGUCUUACCCUUCUUCAAUAAAUGUUCCUGAAAAGUUUGGUUCCGAAGCAACAGAUGAAGUGACGGCCAUAGAAGAAGAAGGUGAAGUGAGAUCUGUCUAUGUGAGGAACUUGCCCACUACCAUUUCUUCUUUUGAGAUUGAGCAGGAGUUUAAGAACUUUGGCAAAAUCAUACCUGAGGGUGUGGCCAUCAGACACCGCAAGGAAAUUGGUGUUUGCUAUGCAUUUGUUGAAUUUGAAGAUGUCCAUGGUGUUCAAAAUGCGAUCCAGGCAUCUCCAAUACAGCUUGGUGGGAGGCAAGUGCACAUUGAGGAGCGGAGAGCAAACAGCAAUAGCACAUCUCGAGGAGGAAGAAGGGGUAGAGGGAGGAGCAGCUAUCAGACAGACGCCCCGAGGGGGCGUUUUGGUGGCCGAAGUUUUGGCAGGGGAAGUGGCCAAGAUGGUGCUGAGAGGGACUAUAACAACAGACCUCGAGGGAAUGGUUUCCACCAGAGGGGUCCAAGACCAGUAUCAAGGAAUGGGCAGAACCCAUCAGAGCAAUGAGUUAGUUUUCCUUAGUAGGGAGGUGGUUUUCUGGUAGUAACAUUUCCUGUCAUGGUUUUAGGGAAAAAAAAUAUGUUGAUGAUAUUCCUGUGGAGUCUCAUUUUGGAAUUUAUUAGUUGAGGUGUCAAAGUGGAAGCGCCACUUUUUUUUGAGUGUGGGCAUUUGAUUCCCCAAUGUUUCCCCCCCCAAUUCAUCUUUAACUUGGAUAAGAGGGAAGGUAAACAUAAUUCAUAUA